AGCUCCAGACGAAUUAACUGCGUUCCCACCUUCAAAUGAAUUCUGCACCCUGCAGAGCUGGAUCUUGCUGUUUUACUUUGCUAACAGUAAACUACACAUUCAUCACAAUCAAACAAGUUACUUUGAUAAGAAAAUGUAUGUUAGUUUACAUAACAAUAAUGAUUAGAUUGUGGGCGUUUUGAGAUCAGCAAAAUGCAAAAACGGAUUAUUGAGUGUGUGCCGCUCGCGCUUGGAAUUGAGACGAGGACUUGAUCGUUGUGGACGCAGAGAUGGCACUAUCUUUUUGUAAUGCGAUAAAGUGUAACAUAGUCAAUUUCUUCAAAACAUUUCGUUGCUUUGAUACAAGUCUUUAACAGCACCACCUCGAUGAAGGCGCGCGUCUGAGGUGGAAAAGACAUGGAAAUGCGCACUGCGCGAAUGGCUAAACUCUGACGUGCCAUGGACAGUGUAUGAAGCGCUCAGCCUUAUGGGCCAUUUCCUGAUCCAUCUCCCUGACCUCCAACCCCACCCCCACCUCCCCACCAUGAAUCCCCAAGACUGCACCUCCAAUCCUGGGGACUUCAACCUCUCCUCCUCCUCCAUCGGCUACUCCACGGUCACCAAGUCCUUCAUGAACGGGUCCGGCGAGAGCGCUCCCUUCCAGGACAGCAGCACCGUUAUCACCGCGGUAAUCUCUAUGACUGUAUUCAUGGUGGGACUCCUGGGCAACACGCUGGCCAUCUACGUGGUCCUGCGCUAUGCCAAGAUGAAGACUGUCACCAACAUGUACCUCCUGAACUUAGCCCUGGCAGAUGAAUUGUACAUCUUAGGACUUCCCUUCCUGACCACCCAGAAUGUGCUCUCCUAUUGGCCGUUCGGGCAGUUCCUGUGCCGCGUGGUCAUGACCGUAGACUCCAUCAACCAGUUCACCAGCACCUUCUGCCUGACCGUGAUGAGCAUUGACCGCUACCUGGCCGUGGUGCACCCCAUUCGGAGCGCCAAGUGGCGGCAGCCGAAGGUGGCUAAGAUCAUCAACGGGAUGGUGUGGGUAGUGUCAUUCGUGGUGGUGCUGCCAGUCACCAUCUACUCAGAUGUGCAGGACCGCUUCAACUCGUGCAACAUGAGCUGGCCUGAUCCCCAGGAGCUGUGGUCAACAGUCUUCAUCCUCUACACGGCCAUCUUGGGCUUCUUCGGCCCCCUGUUAAUCAUCUGCCUCUGCUACCUGCUCAUCAUCAUCAAGGUGAAGUCUGCUGGGGCCAAGGCAGGCCUGACCAGGCGGCGCCGCUCCGAACGCAAAGUCACCCGCAUGGUGGUCAUCAUCGUGGUGGUCUUCGUCAUCUGCUGGCUGCCCUUCUUCACCACCAACAUAGUCAACCUCGUCUUCAUCAUACCAGAGAACAGCGUCACCGCCGGCGUCUACUUCUUCCUGGUCAUCAUGACCUACGUCAACUCCUGCGCCAACCCGCUCCUCUACGGCUUCCUGUCGGACAACUUCAAGCAGAGCUUCAGGAAGGUCCUGUGUCUCCACAAGGCCAACGGGGUUGGGGUGGGGGACGGAGGAGACAUGGGGAGUGGAGGGAGACGUCCCAUAUCCCCUAGGCUGGAGAGGGUGGAGACGACCCAGCAGCACGACCCGCUCUUCACCCCCCGGAUCAUGGACUUCAAGAAUGGACACAUGCAGAACAACCAGUGUGUUCAAAUUGAGACUUCUGGCAACAUCAAGACGGAGCUUUUGCCCUCAGAGAGCCCAGUGAUUGAUCAGUCUUCGCUAUGAUGAGGCCUGAUUGGUCAGUCUACGCUAUGAUGAGCCCUGAUUGGUCAGUCUACGCUUUGAUAAGCCCUGAUUGGUCCGUCUACGCUUUGAUGUGCCCUGAUUGGUGAGUCUACGCUUUGAUAAGCCCUGUUUGGUUAGUCUACGCUAUGACGAGCCAAGACGCCUCCCUCUCCAUCCAGGCAAACAAGACAUCAUCUGGAGCCCUCCCACUGUCAACCCAUGUAACUCUUGACCAUUGAACUCUUUGGGACGAUAUGGGAAGAAGAGGUACAUGGGACUACAAAGAACACUCCCUGUUCUGACACUACCUGGCACACUGAACGAUUUCUGCUAUGACACCUCUCCUGUUUGUCAGUAUAAACCUCAGACAUUUACAGCACAUUGCACCACUGGAAGAGGCUGAGGGGAUGAUGGCUCAUAACAAUGGCCGGAACGGAGCAAAUGGAAUGACAUCAAACACAUAGAAACCAUGUGUUCAAUGUAUUUUAUACCAUUCCACUAAUUCCGCUCCAGCUGUUAACACGAGUCUGUCCUCCUCAAUUAAGGUGCCAACAACCACCUGUGCAUUGCACCAGCUUGGUGUCGUGGAACCAGAAAGAACACCAUCUUCCAUGUACUUUAUAGAUUCCUUCCAUACACUAUAAGGAAAGACAAACUUUUAGAUGGUGAAUGGGCAAAAACUUGCCCUAGAUUAAAAUGCCCUAGAAAAUGAACCUGAGUAUUCUAUUCACUUUAUAUGAACUGGAUCAUUUGAUUUAAUCAGGAAUGUUGUGAAUUUAAAUGGAUUGUCCUCUUUGUGAGCUUAGAUCUCUCUGUAUGUACUCCAUUACUAUGUAGGUAUGGCCAUGGGGGGAGCGUGCUAUACAUACUGUCUAUGACCCUUGUCCAUUUGUAACUAUAAUCACCUGUAACAAGUCCCAAUGGCUCAUAAUGCCUACCUAUGGAGUCAUGGAUGGUUUCUGCUCUGGGCAAAGUUAGUUCAAGCUGGGAUGACCAAUGAAAUGGUACUAGAGUAAACCUGCAUUGUGGAAAAUGAACACUGUCCCCAAACAGAGAGAAUGAUGAUAAUAAUUAUAUCAAUCAAACAGAUGCAACUGGCUUAUAGUACUCACUGUAUCUAUGGCAUAAUGUCAUAAUUGACAAUGUAUCUCUCUCACAUAAUGUCAUAAUCUCUCCCCCUCUCUCUCUCUCUGACCGCAAGGCGCUACAGAGGGUAGUGUGUACAGCCCAUAAUUGAUGACCCUAUUCAUAUUAUUGAUGAAUUAUUGUUAUUUGUUGGGUAUUAUUGUUAUAAACUUGGGUAGUUGUUCCAAGUGUUUCAGUUAUUUUAAUGCGUUUAUUUGGGAUUAUUGGAUCCCCUUGAUCUUUUAUUGGAGAUUGAAGCGCUGGUACAACCUCAUUGUGCUCGGCCUUAACUGGAGUCUUGUUCUUUAGGCAGCAUAAGAAAUAAAACUGACUGAAACAGGGAGGGACUACCUAGACUGACGUCCAAUAAGAUGCACUGAUUUUUGUUUCCCAUUUUGAAAUGUUUUGAAAUGUUUUCCCUUGCAUGCCCU